GGUAUUUUUUUGUUUCGAUUUCAAUUAAAGCUUUCUGGAAGUACACAUAUCUGGAUGUAGACGUUGUCGCCAUUGUUACGUGUAAUAUUGAAGAAAAAAUAUGAAGAACCAGUGCUAAUCGCAAACUUAGACAAGAUGGAGAAGAUGCCAAAACCAGCAGAAUGGCACUUCAGUCAGCUUUUGUUUAAUAUUGCAAAGAAUAUAACUGAGGGAGAACUUUCAAGGUUGAAAAGGAUGUUCAUAGGAAACGGAAUUUUGCAAGAAACUGAAGUUCAAGAAAUCACUUCCGCAUUUGAGCUAUUUUCCUGCCUCCGCAAUAUACAAUAUUUGAGCAGUAAAAAUAUGGCGUGUCUACAGCAGAUGCUAGAGCUGAUAAAGAGAAAAGACCUAAUCAAGAAAGCCAUUGGAUACUGUCAAAAUGAGAAAGAAGAGGAAAUGAUGAGAUUAUGCAAGGCAUUUGACGAAGACUUAGAACCUGGUCACAGCUACGUAAGGUUCCAUUUCGACCAUCAGGAACCGGUUGAUUUCAAUUUUAAUUUCAUAAACUAUUUCAAAAUAAGAAUGUCUGCCUUGUUGUUUAUGCCAAUUGAAAGUGUGAUAGUUGUUGGGAUUGAGGCAAAUUAUACGACCUGUGGUCCACGUGAGAAGCCUUGUCCCGGUGCUAUUAUUACUUUGAUGAUGCCUGUUUUGUACAUUGAUAUAUUACACGAAACAAUCGAAGACAAAGACAAAUUGUCAGCCGUUACAUUGUUCGGGAUUACCAGCGUUGAGUUGGAAAACAAGAUAUACAAGUUCACUGAAGACGACAGCGUAAAGCAAGAGUGUAAUCCAAUGAAAGUUCAUAGAGACCUAAUUCAUACGCAACUACUUGAGAGGGAAAAGAAACCUGAAGUGUGGUCAAAACAAUUAGCAAGUAAAGACAACUUUUCGAAUACGGGACAUUUAGAUAAUAACUACAACGAGAAGCUAUCAAGAGUUAACCAAAAGUCUGGUAUGUCUAUAACGUUAUGGAAAAUGUUUGGAUCAAUUACUGAGAAAACGACUUUGCCACAUAUUAGUCAUGAUGAGCUGCAGAGACAAUGUAUGCAUGCAAAAGUUAUACGGAUUUAUCCCCAAUUGACGUAUAGAAACGAGAAAGGGGCGAUUGAUUCAUCAUCAGAAAGUUCUGAUCAAGAGGAGGCGAAGUUUAAAUUCACAAAAAAAUGAAGUUUUGAAAAUUUUAGCCAUUAGAAGUACGGGAAAUAACAAUGAAUGGAAUAAUUGUGGUUUUAUCAUUAAUUUUAAUGUCAUUUUUUAUGCCGCCAAACAUACAUACAAUCAGAAAUUAUGUUUUUUCGAUAUACAUGUAUGAAGAUUGUUAAGCACGACUUUAUUGUUCUUACUUGUUAUUUCGCAUGUUAUUAUUUUACAGGCGGUUCAACUAUUCCUAUAUGUGUAUUGUUAGAUCGCCUUAAAGAUAUGUUACCUGCUUUGUUAUUUGACAUAUAUAUACAUGUAUGUGAUACGUAGGUUUUAUAAUGUCUGGCUUCCUUCAAAAUCUCAUUAUAUUUACUUUCUAUCCAUUCUUUUUCUCGCUUAGGGCACACGAUUUUUGUUUACUUGGGACAAUAUGCCACUUUCCAUGGAAUAACAAAAAAGUGUCACAAUCACCACUGUAUGAGCAUAUCACAUCUGCUAAAGUUUUAAAUUUAACAGUUUACCACUACCUUUUGUAUGCAUGUAUGAUAUCAUUAUGACUGUAUCAAUACGUAAAAAGAUUUUAUAAAACGAUUAAAUUUAAAAACAGUAAUAA